AUGACGAAGAGCUUGUACAAGGUGCAGAAGCAAAUCUCCAAAAAACGCGGUGGCAAGCUUAACGCCCUGCACGAGGACAGCCGCGAUGCGAAGCGGCUGCGACGAGCAAGUGCACGCGAGGACCGGCUGGCCCGUGUCGCCGCAGAGAUGUCGAAGGCGCGACAAGGCUACUUGGACCGGAUCGCCUUCUUCCAGGAAUGCUUGAAGGAAGCCACCGAGCCCGUCUCCAUCUCCGACGCUGACAUGGCGGCGUUUGUGAACAGGUACAUCCAUCGCAGUGAUUCAGAGAUCGAACAGCUGCAACAAGAACGACGAAAAGGCCGGCCGCCCAGCAAACGAGAGGACGCGCUUGUCCAGCGGAGGGGGAUGGACGAGAAGGAGUUCAAGGCAGGGUUCUGGAUGCCCGAUCUCACCCAGGAGGAUGUGCGAACAUUUCUCAUGGCGUGGAAUGGCGACUGGUCUAGUUUGAGCUCAAUGAAGUUCAUCCGACUUUCGCAGGACGGGAUUAAGCACGCUUCGAGUUUUCCGCCUAAGGGCUUGUCAUGA